UUACUCGGAGCUCAGAAAGAGAGUGAGCUACCUAUCCAUUGUUCGACUGCAAGAGUACGGCAGUAGCAAGCGCACUCACAGGAGCAAGAGCCAGAAGAGGCGGAGAUGGAGAAGAGAAGCAACAAUGGCGGCUUCACCCUGCUGCUCUGCCUCCUCCUCCGCCUCGGCGCCUUGGUCGUUUUGCCGUCUUUGCUGCCCCGAGCUGCCGCCGCGGCUGAUUCCUCGUGGCACCCAAAUCCUCCUGCGCGGCGAGGCCACCACGGCGGCGGCGGCAAUGCGUCGACUCCGGCCGUCUACCACGGCCUCCCGCCACGCUCCGCUCCCGCUCCCUCCCCGGCGCCCACUGCCGGCGCCGACGACAUGCCGGCAGGCGGCGCCCCCAAGCAGGCACCCCCGCACUUCGGCUUCCCGCUUCAGCCGACCUUCGGCCUCGCGGCGCCUCCGGUGUCCCCGACCGCCGGCGGCGAGGGGUACCCGUUCAUCGGCAGCAACCCGACGGUGCCGCUGCCCACCGGCAUGACGGACUCCUCCACCGUGCUCCCGAUGCCGGACAGAGGCGACGCCAACGACAAGGUGGUGGGGCGUGCUGCUGCUGCCGUUCGUGCUCAGGUCGCCAUGAUUGGGCUUGUGGUUGCCAUCUCCAUCAUGUUCUUGUCGGGGAGCUGAGCUGACCGGCCGUCCUCGCCUCGCUUGCUCUACCCCGUAGGAUGAAUUGUUUGUAUGAACCUGCAAGGAGAUUUAACCUGUUGCCUGUAAAUAUUUUGAUUUGGUUUGGUUUUGUCAGUGCCAUUCGUACUCGAAGCUCUCAGCUUUUGUUCAAAGCGGCAACGAAUUUUACCUUUCUUGACAGUGGUACAAUGGUACCGAACUUGUUUGUCUGAAAGGACACCGACCGAGAUGGAGCCCCACGAGAAGCAGU